GAUUAGGAAAAAGAAGGAGAGACAAGUGCAGUCAGACACACAUACAGUGACAGUCGGACCACAAUUGCAGUGCCGUGCGGGGUACGAAGAAAGUGCGCAUUUCACACAAAAUCGCCGUUCAUUUAACCGACCUUAUUGAUAGUUAUGUGCAUACAUACACGCAUGUACACAUACACGGGCUAGAAAAACCAACCACCAUCGCACCGCAGCCGCAGCAGCCCCACCAACAAACAGCAUCGCUCACCCACAGGAAGAGACGAGGAGGAGGAGGCAAAUCGCUAAGGUCACCAGAGAAUGGAGUCCCAACCGAAGCGGCCCUCGUUGCAUUUAGUGGCAGAAGCUGGCACAGGAUCAGGCGUGGGUGCUGCAGCCACAGCUGAGAUGUCGGGCGCAUUUUCCCCCACCUCGGGCUUCCUGCCGGACAUGCCGCAGUGGAAGAAGGACCUGAUACAGCGCCGCAAGACGAACGUGGCCCGCACCCAGGCGGCCGCCUCCCCCACAGCUACGUCCGAUGCGGAUGUGGCCUUGGGGGAAACAGGAGCAGGAGCAGGAGGAGGCGCCAGUGCAGAACCGACUGCGACUGAGGCGACGAUCACUAGUCAACCACAACAGAAGCCGCUGGCAAAGAGAAAUGUAAGCCAGACAGCAGCAGCAACAGCAACAGCGACGGCAACAGCACAUAUACAAAUGCAAACAGCGCUUAAGACUACACCAACAGAGGAAAAGUCUGAGAAAUCUUUUAUUGGAGGUCAUCAUACCCAACAGCAGCAGCAGCAGCAGCAACAAGGCAAAGACUCGUCAGCAGCGUUGGCCUUUUCAAUUUCAGCUGAAACAACGUUUGGGCCACAAAUACCAAUACCAAUACCAAAGCAGCGAUCAAGUUUAUUUAACACAAGAAGUCCAUCAACAACAACAACAACAACAGCAACCAGCAGCAACAGCAACAUCAGCAGCAGCUCCAGCAAGGAGCCAGAGAUUCUAAAUUUGGAUCUCAGAGAGCGUGAGAGCGAGCAGCGGGAGCGGGAGCGAGAGCGAGAGAGCGAACGCGAGCCGGGAGAACAAGUUGACUCCAUGGUGAGUUGCCGCUCUCGCGGCGGCGGUGGUGAAGUUGAAACUGGCACAGCGGCAGCAGCGACAACUGGAGCAUUAACAGCUAUCGACGCCAGCAGCGGCGCAGCGCCAACAUCGUCGUCGUCAGCAAAUCACUUGCAAACGAAACUUGGACAGACCGUUUCAGAAGGGGCUCCCAAUCAGACGAGCUCCACCGCGAAAGAAAAAGAACUGCAGGUAGCCGCAGCAGCAGCACCAGCACCAGCACCAGCACAGUCGUUGGUUCUUGUUGAUAAUAAAAACGGUUCGAAGACAAAGCUCAUUUCCGAUAAAUUGCAGAGCAAUAAGUUUAUAAAACAACAGCAAGAACAGCAACAGCAGCAGCAACAAUUGUCGCCCACCAAAUCAACGGUAAAACCGACAAUGGUCGCCAUGCAAGAAAUGAAAAAGACAACAAAACAAAAUGGCCAACAUCGUCACAUCGCGAAGAGCAGCAGCAGCCACAGCCACAGCGGCGACCCAGAGGCUGCCUCCGGAGUGGCCCUGCCGGAGCUGGUGGACACCGGCGAGGACCUGAGCUACGGCCCGGGGAUCGUGUCGAAGCUGCGGUGCCGCUACCUCAGUCUGGCGCUGCGCGAGUCCCACCAGCAGAGCCAGAAGCAACGCCUGCAGCGCUCCACCAGCCUCAACACGCUCCUCGAUCGCGACGACGAUGAGGAGGAGAUGAAUGCCAAUGCCGGUCUCGAAGUGGUCUCGACCCGGGCCAAAUCCACACCGCCGCCGAUACUGGGUGCGAAGCCGACGAUGCUUGGCGGUGGCUACAUCAAGGGCGCCCAGGCGCCUGUCCAGCGUCCCGUUAGUCUGGGCACCAAUGGAACAACCCCCGCCCUGUUCCCGCUGAACACCGAAGAUCCCACAAAGCCCACCAACGGAGGAGGAGGAGUGACCCGAUCGCGGCACUUUAAGCGCGGCAAUGAGGUAAUGAAACGGGCCCGGUCCGUGGAGGCACUGCUCUGCGAGAAAUCGCCGUGGAAUACGCAAAGAGCCAGCUACCAGGCGACAAGCAUGGCCAUGGCCACGACACCACAAGCCGUCUCCCCGGGCGCCGCAUCGCCCACCUGCGUCACCAUCGAGGACAAGAUCCACAAUGCCCGCGAGCGACUGCACAGUGGCACGGACCCGGCGCCGCCCAAGCGCCUGACCUCCAUUAUCGACGACACCGAGCGCCCGCCCCCGGAUCUGGUCAAGCAGACGCUGAAGAUGUUCGAGGCGAGUGCCAAUCGCCGGCCCCGCGCCACCCACCGCUCCAACGGAGUGGGCGGUGUGGCCAGCAAGGUGGCCAACUACAAGUCGAUCCUCAAGGAGCAGCGCCCGACGGCACCCACCGUGGCCAGCACACCGCCAUCCCUCAGCAGCAGCAGCAGCAGCACACCCCAUCCCCAUCCCCAUCCCGAUAUCAUUCCCCGGCAGCUGGCCAGCGUUGUGGACUCGCCCGUUUCCGCGCUGAGCCUCAUGAUGGGACGCAUCAAUCUGCAGGAAGCGGAUGGCGAGUCAACGGUGGCGGCGUCAGCUGUGAAUGAGAGCUUAGUCAGCGAGGCCAGAGCAGCGACGGCAUCGGCGCCAAACAACGAAGCGAACUACGCAUACGAGAAUGAGAAUGAGAAUAAUGCCAGGCACGAUGUUGGCAACGAUGGGGAUGACGACAACACCACCAACGACAACAACCGCAACGACAGCAGCGACAACAAUGGGCACGAUGGCGAUAAUAUGGGCGCGGCAGGCGAUAAGCUUAAGCCCCCCACAUGCACAGCAACGACGACGACGACGGCGACAGCGGCGGCAGGAGGAGCCCAGCGAUCAUUCGUUGCCACGAUCGAGAGCGCGCACGUUCCCAGUGGAAGUAAUAACGCAAGAAAACAACUGAACAACAGCGAGACGGGAUCGGGAUCGGGAUCGGGAUCUGGGAUAACGACAACAACAACCAAACAGAUUGGUGUGAUACGGCCGCUCUUCAAUAGCAGCAGCGGUACGACACAGCAGCUAACCAGUCGCGAGAUCGAAAAGAAUCGCAUUAAUGAGAUGAAAAAGUCCUCGGCUCUGGCCAACGAUGGCAGCUCCGGUGCGGGUUCGCCCAUAACUAGUCUGGACACGGUGAUAAAUACGAUACGGGAUGGUAGCGAAACGGACGCGGCCACAGCCUCGCCCCUGUGGACACUACGCAAGCUGCGUCACGGCCAUGCAGCCGGUAGCAAUUCUGGUCAUCAUGCGGCAGGAACGGCGGCCACUUCCAGCCAUUCCACGGAGAACACCUCGAUGGUGUUCAAUUUUUCCAAGAGCAGCAAAGAAGUGCCCGACUACAUUGAAAGCGAUGUUGUGAUCUAUAGGCGUAAACGGGAAUUGCCAAAGCCAAAUGAACCCGGCUUCGUGUUGCUGGGCGAUCUAUCGGUGGAGACCUCCACGGACACGGACUACGACGACUACUCCCUGUGCCCGCCCUCGCCGUGCGACGUGGAGUUCGAGAAUGCCAACAUUGUGAUCGAUGGCAAGUCCAGCAUACGCCAGAAACCCAAAGAGUCAACGUUUCGCGUGCAGUUUAACGAUACGUUGACGUCCACCUUCGAGUACCCAUCAGAGGCAUCGAUGAUCGUCGACGAUCCGCCCUAUGCCGAUCCCUUUUCCCAUGUCAGCAAGCAUCACCAGCUGCUGUUGGCCGAACAGAUGCAGCUGCUCCAGCACCAGCAGCAGGUGCAACAGCAACAGCAGCAGCAGCAGCAGCAUCAUCAUGUUACUGUGGACGAGAUCAUUGAGCUUCCCACAUCGACGGUGGGACACAAUAACAAAUCUGGCAGCGGAGCCGGUGGAGGCGGCGGCGGCGGCGGCGGCGGCGGGGGCAAUAUGCUGGGGAAUUUACCGUUGGGUAAGUAA